UUAUCUAUAAACAAGUAAUUCAAUGGCCUCGAUAUUUGAUUAUGCGCUAAUAUUAUAUUAUAUUUAAAAACUUAUAUUUACCGCUGUAAAUUUUAAAAGUUUGAAAUAAGAAAGGCGGCAAUAAUGUUACUUAAAACAUUAGCAAAAUUUUUUACAAACAAUUCUACUGGUUUACAUCAAACAAUUAAUUUUAAAAGGAUUCAUUUUGGUAUACGAAAUUUAUCGACUAAUAAUAAUGCACUCGAGGAGAAGAAAAUAAAUGUCAAAGGUGUUGAUAUUAAUUAUGUUAAAACUGGUACUGGAAAACAUACUGUCUUUCUUUUAACAAGUACUUUAGGAAGUAUAUGGACGGACUUCAAACCACAAAUUGAAGGCUUAGAUAAAACGAAAUUCACAGUUGUCGGGUGGGAUCCACCGGGUUAUGGAAAAUCUCGUCCGCCAGACAGAGUAUUCUCAGACAAUUUUUUCGAGCGUGACGCUGAAUAUGCUUAUGAAUUAACGAAUAUUUUGGGCAUUCAAAAAUUUUCUCUUGUUGGUUGGAGUGGCGGUGGCAUUACUGCGAUAAAUAUUGCUGCUAAUUAUCCUUACUGUGUUGAUAAACUCAUUUUGAUAAGCUGUGGUACAUAUCUAUCUUCUAAAGAAAUGGAUACUUAUAAAAGUAUGAGAGACGUAAGUAAAUGGUCUGACAAAAUGAAAGGACCUUUGGUAGCUAUUUAUGGUGAAGAGAAUUUGCAUAAAAUGUGGAACUCAUGGGUGGACGCAAUGGUUCAAGUUUUUGAACAUAACAAAGGUGAUCUUUGUCAUACGGCUGCCACCAAAGUUAAAUGUCCUACAUUAAUUGUACAGGGUAAUAAAGAUAUUAUUGUCUAUCCAAAUCAUGCUGCCAUCCUAAACAGGACUAUUAGUAAUUCAAGGCGUGUAUAUUUGUUUUUAUAAAAUGUAUUCAAACUUUUUAUCUUGAUUAUUGUAAAUAAUUUAUUAUUAUAUUUUAGAGUACGAAUAUUUGAAGAAGGAGGGCAUAAUAUUCA